AUGGCACCAAAAAAGGGAGUGAAAGUGGCUGCCAAGAAGAAGCCGGAGAAAGUGACGAACCCGUUGUUUGAGAGAAGGCCAAAGCAAUUCGGAAUCGGAGGAGCUUUACCUCCAAAGAAGGAUCUGACUCGGUACAUCAAAUGGCCAAAAUCAAUCCGUCUUCAGAGACAGAAGCGUAUCCUUAAGCAGAGGCUCAAGGUCCCUCCAGCUCUCAACCAGUUCACCAAGACUCUUGACAAGAAUCUCGCAACAAACCUCUUCAAGGUUCUGAUGAAGUAUAGGCCAGAGGACAAAGCCACCAAGAAGGACCGUCUUAUGAAGAAGGCUCAAGCUGAAGCUGAGGGAAAGCCUUCCGAAUCCAAGAAGCCUAUUGUGGUCAAGUACGGACUCAACCACGUGACUUACCUGAUCGAGCAGAACAAGGCUCAGCUUGUGGUGAUUGCCCACGAUGUUGACCCCAUUGAGCUGGUCGUCUGGUUACCUGCUCUCUGCAGGAAGAUGGAAGUUCCUUACUGCAUUGUCAAGGGCAAAUCUCGUCUUGGAACGAUCGUUCACCAGAAGACUGCUGCUUGCUUGUGUUUGACCUCUGUGAAGAACGAGGACAAGCUUGAGUUCAGCAAAAUCCUCGAGGCCAUCAAGGCAAACUUCAACGACAAGUUCGACGAGUACAGGAAGAAGUGGGGAGGAGGCAUUAUGGGAUCCAAGUCUCAAGCCAAGACCAAAGCUAAGGAGAGGGUUCUUGCCAAGGAGGCUGCCCAGAGAUUGAACUAA